CUACAAACGCUCCAAGUCCAAACCUGCAUGCACAAGUGUGCGCACGCAGACAUUCAUCAUAUACGCCCACUCCAAGUCCAAACGUGCAUGCGCAGGUGUGCGCACCAAGACAUUCGUCAUAUAUGCACAUUUCAUGUCGACGCGUGCAUACGCAGGUGUGCGUAUAGAGGCAUUGAUCACAUACACACACUCCAAGUCCAAACGUGCCAUACAUACGUGAGAGCUGCGCACUCUAUCGCACGCCUACGUCGAUAUCGGCAACGCCAGAUGUCGGUAGGUGACGUUCGUGCGAGGAUCCACAGACAGAGUCGGCAAGGUGAGCCCACCAGCCACAUCUUCACUGCCGAUCUUCACCAGCGCACUACGCCGCUCAGCCGACCCGCUGGUCGCACUAGUCUCAUUCCCCGUCAUGUAUGCCGACAGAGGGAUGCCGCGCACAAGAUAGGGGUGGCCCAACGACAGAGAUUGGUCGCUGUCACUGGCCAGAGGGAGGACCGUGAUGCCCGCCUCAUCGCGCCACAUCUCCACCUUGACGAUGGCGCCGUGGUGGUUGCACAUCUCUUUUGAGAGCGCCUCUGUCGAGUUGGCCGUCAGCACUGGCACGAGCAGGGGCAUCUCCUUUUCCAGCUCGUACCAGCCUGGCUGCACCAGAAACGCACGCUGAGAGUCGGUGACCUGCAUGCCGUCGGUGCUGUUGGCGGCUGCAUUGGUGCCGUUGCCAUGUGUGUCGCAGGCGCCUGAGCGGUCCGUUUGUGGUAUCGGUCUGAUUCUCUCCUCUGGGAGCAGAAAACAUUCCUUUUCCACAUGGUCGCUGUGAACGGAAGAAGUGAAGAAUGAGAACAGAACUGACAGCGCAUUGUCAUCCCUGCUUACAUUGCGUAUGGUGGUUCGCAAUAGCAGUCUUCUCGUGUAGUGCUGCCGGUUGGUGAUGUAAGAUGGAGACCAGGACAGCGUUCACAGAGUACGCUGUCGCUCCAAACCGUCUUGUAGGUGCCUGAACGACGACAGAACACAAGAGUUUUAUGAAAAAAAGACUCGCAGUCAAGUCAGCAUCAGAGUUUUUCUGUAUACCUGCUGGACAUGGGACGCAUAUGUUAUCCUUGUAUUCAUAUCCCCUGUCGCAAGCUGAGCAGGCCGUACCAUUAUUCAUUUCAACUGCACCACACAACUCAAAUCACACAGGGAAUAACACAGGAUAUCAGAAAUCGCUCGGUAGUAGAGUAAUGAAUACUCACCCCGGCCAACACGGCAUGACUGACACUUCUCAAUGCCCUGGGCGCGUAUCGUCACUGUGCCAGGCGGGCAUUUGGUGCAAUUCAGCCCUCUCCCCUCCCAUCCAUCCUUGCAGCGACACAAUACACCAGCAUUCACUGUUGCAUCCGCCUGAAUGGGCAGAACAUAUAAGUAACAGCAAGAAAGCAGCAUGCAGUUCCUUCUGUCCCUCUUACACGUAUUCUCGUGCCAACGGUAUUUUGACAUAUGCCAACGGUAUUUUGACAUAUGCCCGUGCACUCCACGGCCGGAUGGACCUCCCAUAGAAACUCCGGCUGCCAGUAUGUAUCUGUACCACUUCUAUGCCACUCGCGGUACGGUCGGUAAUCUACAUAUACAAACACAUAAUCACCGAGCACGUCGCCAAUAUGAGAAUUCACAGCUUCUGAAUCUCUCACCAUCACGAUCACAACAAGCAGGGCAGCAGACUGGUAAGCAAGGUAUAGCGGAUCGCCGGGGAUGUUGCGUCCUUCAUUGUGAGCUGAGCACGAUGUGUCAUUGUGUGGUAGUAUCUGCAAAGGCAGCAGCAUCAGGUAUCGGAUAGAGAAUAGUCUAAACAUUCUACGCACCUGAAGCCUCAGAUUCUUGUUGUACUCAAGAUUCAGAGCCCGAGGGUGGGAAACGUCGUACCUGCACAAGAACAUAGUAUGCAUCUUAAUGCACACAGAGACGUGAAAAAAAGAUGUACCAUCCAUAGUGUAUGUCCUCAAUCUCAUUGGAUUCCAGAUAAAGGCCUGUCACGCUCACGAACCCCUGUUGCGCCCUCACAUUGAUGUCGGGAUAUAAGUCAGCGACCGUCACCGAAAAAUCCAGCUUCUCUACAUCGAUAUACAGAUCAGAACCAUCAGCCGCACUCUCAUCCGCCGACUCCACUGCAGGAGCCCCAUCAUCGUUGCCCACGACCAUGCUCAUGCUCGUGGCGUUCAUCUGCAGUCGAUAAGCCGCCAUGAACGAGGCCUUGUAGCGCCUGAAUAUGGGCGUGUUGAGGAGCCCAGCAUUGAGAACAUGCUCCAAGUUGAAAGUGGUCAGCCCCGAAGUGGUCAUCGCAUCUGCCGUCAAAGAGCCGUGAAGACCAUUGACACUCCCAUCUAAUGACGCAAGAGACCUUUGCCAUUUCCAGGGCAUCAGAAACUCGUCUACACUCGUAUUAAAGCCAUUUCUGCCGAGAUCUAGAUACUUUAGCUGGGGCCAGUAGGGAGGCGGAUUAGACAGGAUUUCAGCCACGAUGCGAGCACUCGGGCCUGACAAAACAAGUCACACAUUUAUGAGUUCACCAGGAAGGCCACCGACCUUACUCGUCCAAGCGUGAAGACCAGAUGAAUGCACUCCCCACUCAAGCGGCUCUAGACGAUUACCGGCAAUCUGCAGUUCCACUACUGAUAAACGAAAACAACAGGAGGGCACAAGUACCGUAUAUAUCUGUGUGUCUCCAUAAAGCUCACUCACGGUUGUCCAGGCGUCUCCACCCUGAAGGGAUGCGCGGAAGGCGAUUGUUAUCAAGAUUCAGGAUCUCCAGCCCUAUAACAUCACUAGACUAUUGAUUAUGUAACACGUACAUCGGAUUAUAUAGUGAACGUACUUAGAAGGCACACGCCAAUCACCCUCAAAAUCAUGAAAGGCAUUGUCAUGGAGCCGUAGCUCUCUCAGAGUAUUCAUCCGGCUCAGCCACACCGGAAUAACGCCUGUGAGCCGAUUGCGAAACAGAUCCAUGUACCACAGAUGCUGGAGGCCCUCGAGCGUUGCAGGCAGCUUGUCAACACUGAUAGUAAGAUGUACGGGUAUAGCAAUCCAGCGCGCUCUCUGUCAUUUUGUGACCGACCUUGUUUCAGAGAUCCAGAGUGUGCAAAGCCCGGAGAGCAUAUUGAGAGAAUCAGGAAUAGGACCAUAAAUGCCCUACACAUCACGGACACAUGCAGCAACAACGUACUUACACGAGCAGGUCAUUUACGUACCUUGACGUUAUAGAUCAUAAGGUCUCGCAAAGAAGUGGCGUUGCCGUAUGCGGCCGGGAUGGUGCCCGUAACGUUCUCACAGCCCCGCAGCGAAAACGUGUGGAUCUUCGGCAACUUCCAUAGAGCCGGCAGCCCGCCCCUAACGGCCGUGCCAGCCAUGUCGAACUCCUCGAGCGAGCCACAGUGUUCAAAUGCCCCUACAAGUGAGCCCGUAACGCUCCAGCCAGAUAGCGUCACUAUCCGCAGGGUGGUGCAUUGAGGGGAAGGGGCGGUUGCAGACAAAUUGGCGCCCUGUCCGUGGAAGAGUGAGUGCAUGGUGAAGGCCAGUGGGUUGUACCUCAGGCUGAGGGCCUCAAGCGACUUGCCGAACAUAGUGUGGAAGGAUGGUGGCAGGGUGCCCUCCAGCUGUGUGUCGUGUAAGUAAAGCCCGCGAAGAUCGGGCAGGGUGACGAUUUCCUCAGGCAAUGGGCCGCUCAGACUAACCUGAGAUACCAGGCAGCCAUCAAGAGAAGACAAGAAAGAUUGAGCGGCUCUUUCAUUCAUUCAUUCACCUUGUCUAUGUAGAGCAGUCUCAGCUGUGUCAUUUCGCCGAUUCUCUCAGAUAGCCUGCCGUACAGGGGGGCAUUCCACAGCGCGACGCCGAGCAGUCCCUUCAGGUCGUAGAAGGAUGCAUGUAGCUCCACGCCUCCAGGAGGAAAGAUAAGAUGGUCAGCGUCAAGCACCAUAAUGUAGCUGUCCACCAUCCCAUCGCCCCCUCCAACCCAUUCGUCCAUCGCACCCCUCGUUGAAGGCCCCUUGCGCCCCGUCCGGAAGCGAACGCGCACGAUGAAAGGCAGAUCGCACACGCGGAAGACCCCGCAGCCGCACCCCCUCUCAUCUCGAUGUUCAGUGAGCGAAUGAACUCCCUCAGCGGCCCUCGAGCGUCAUCCUCACACACGAUGCAGUCCUCAUUUAUGAUGCCCACUGUCCCAUUAGUCUUGUUUGCAGCACUGGACCCCGCCAGCGCACGCAUCGAUGCGCCGGGCAUCACGCGGUCCAAACCGAAUGGCCGGUAACUAUGAAGCAGUUGCAGCUUCGCCACCACUGAUGUGGCACGGCCGGGCUGCGGUGAUGUACUGGUCGAGAUGGCGGGAGUGUCCGCUGAGACUCUGAACCAGUCGCUGUAUUGGUGUAGCAUAUCUGUCUCAGCCGACACGCCAUCAGCCACAUCUCUCGUCAACCCAUUGGCAGUUUCAGCAAUCUGCAGCUGACGGGUUGCUGCCGCCAGUGGAUGCGAUGGAUCGCAGCGGCAAGGCUUGUCACAUUGAUCUUCCACAGUCGAGGUGCCUGUCGUAGCCGGUCUUCCAUCCACUUCACCAGAAGCGAGACCAAGGACGAGGAAGAGUCCAAUGCAGAAUCUCAACAAUGAGAGCCGCCGCCGUCUUCGAUGCGAGUUACAUCGUGCCAUGGGUGGUUCAUUG